AAUAAUUAGAUGUUAAAGAUGGCGACUUCCAUAAGGAAAGUGACUGACGAAAACAAUGAGGAGAUUUUACACCAUAUUUCAAUGCAAUUCUUUCAAAUGGUUCCAAUAAGACGUUUUCAAUGGACUGAAAAGUCUCUGUGCCCUGUGAAUAUUGGAAUUGAAGAGCAACAAGCAGUGCUUGAAGCAACAGUUUCCAGUACGCAGUGUAAGAAGUACCCAACAUCCCUCAGUUACCGACGGUCAUUUGUCAAGCAUCUGAUUCAAAAGCUUGAAGACAGUGAUGUUGAAUUAUGUGAUGAGAUUUAUGAGGCUUACACAGAUUUGCUUCAGGAAAGAGAUGAAGGCGAUGACACUUUGUGUUACAAGUCUUACUUUCUGCCCAAUAAAGAGAUAGUGAACCUACAGGAGUCUGUGCACAUCAUCUCACAGGGAACCACAGGACUUAGUACAUGGCAGGCUGCUUUGCAUCUGGCCGAGUGGUCCUUUGAACACAAAUCUCUUCUUGAAAACAAGAAUGUCCUUGAACUUGGUAGUGGACUGGGUUUUCUUGGAAUAGCCCUGUGUAAACAAUGUCAGAUGAAUUCCUUUACAUUCAGUGACUUCCAUCCACAAGUUUUAUUCCUCCUCAUGAAAAACAUUGAAAUAAAUUUCCUCAACAAACAAUAUUCCUUGGAAUGUUCACCACAGGUCUUGGAAAAUUGUGAGUCGAAAGGUAGGAAAAUGUUGAAAAAGAUCAAAAGGCAGUUAAGUGUGAACAAGGAACCAGCCAUAGAAGAUAGCUGUGAAAUAAUGCAAAUUAGCUACAGUUCCAUGGUGUCAUCAAUGGACAAAGAUUUACAGGAAAUGGAUGAACAGGAAGUGUGUUCAGAACAGGAAGAGGAAGUGAAUGAUAGUAAUGACCAGCUGCUUUCCUCCAGUUCCCACUGGUCACCACUGAAUGAUUCCAAUGUGUAUGUCCUGAACCAUAGUAAGACUGUGAGGCUGAUGAAGUUUGAUUGGGAAUUUUGUGACAGGAAGGAUUUGUCAGAGAUCCAGCCAGAUGUUGUAGUUGCAGCAGAUGUGGUUUAUGAUAAGUCAAUCAUUCCAUUCCUGGUACAGGUGUUGUAUCAACUUCUGUCUGGUGCUUUAGGGUCCUGGCCCGUGGCAUACAUUGCCUCCACAGUUAGAAAUGAAGACACAAGGGACCAUUUCCUUGUGGCUCUUGGUAGCAAAGGACUGCGGUAUGAAAUUUUGGAUCCACCAACAGAAAAAAUAUUCCAUUAUGAUGAUAUAAUUCCAAUUGAGAUAUUGCGUAUUUGGCAUCCAAGUAACAAGGCUGUGAAGAAUUAAUGUUUACAAUAGUUUAUAUAUGCCAUCAUUUUGUAUUUUUUAGCUUAUGAAAUACAUUUUUAUGUAAUACUUAUGUGUAUUUCUAUUAGAUUUGUAAUGUAUAGUAUAGGCUUGAAAUCCUGUGUAAUGAACAAAUACAAAGAGGAAGCAAAUAGUUUUGUAGACAUGCAUUGAAAACUUGACAUCUUUUCAUCAAUUAUUUUGAUGAAAUAGACAUGCAUUGAAAACUUGACAUCUUUUCAUCAAUUAUUUUGGUGAAAUAAAUGAGCUGUAAUGAAUGGGAUAUAGAGUAUAGGAUUCAUGUUUAAGAAUGUCAGAGAUAUGAAAGAUGAUAUAGUGGUAUGUAUAGGUACACAUAAUAAAAUGAGUUUGGCUGGGUAAGAACACAUUGUCAUUUUCAAUAAUGGUUUAUUAGUUAAAUGCUUUAACACUUUAAAGAAAUUGAUGAGACUUUAUAUUAUUUGUGCCAAAAUCAUGCAAUUAUUUUCAAUGCAUUUUGAAAAUAUCUAGUCAUUUCCAAAUUUUAUUUGUACUGUAAAAUUUAAUUUAUACUAAAUAUAUGUAUAUUAUUAGCAUUCUUCAUUGAUUUUUUUAUGCAUUUGAUAUAUAUACAGUUAUGUUUGUUCACAACUCUGGGCAAAUGUUUAUAUAUGAAUUAUUAUUGUGUGAAGGUUUAACAUAUCCUUAAUUUCUUUAAAAAAAAAAAAAAGAGGGAGAACAAUUUUUUUUUUCAUUUUUCCAUGUCCUGAAUCGAGUAAUAUCACAUGUAUCAUUAUUUAUCUGACUAAGAAUUUUUUUAAAGCUUUAUAAGAUAAUUUAUUUCUUUUUUUGAUUUGAAGUACAUGUAGCAGAUAAUGAUUGUAUAUGAUGAAUUACUAAUUAUUAUAUUUUAUUUGGGAAUCCUUGUAAAGGACUUUAAAUGUAGUUAUUAAUAUUCUUUUUAAUUUUUGAAUCAGGGUCAUUGAAGACUAUAUAAACAAUACAGUUUUCUUUUUUUUUUUUAUAGAAUAAUAGACGAUGGUUCUUUCCAGUGACUGUCAGUUGUCAUUCCAUAUUACUUUUGCUCAGUUUUAUUUGGAUAUAAACUAAGUGUACUAAUGUAUAUGAUUUCAAUGAAAAGAAAGUCAUGUGCAUAUCUUGAAGAGAAUGCUUUACUGGCUAGAGCCGGUGAUUUCAAUCACAAAAUAGAAAGCACAGGUUGUAUUUUGGUAAGGAUGUGAAAUUGCUUUUAAUUUCAGUUUAAAUGAGAGAAAAAAUGUACGUUAAAUUUCCACAUUUUUGGAACACAUUUGCUUGCUGUGUUCAGGCUCUCUGUUUGUUUUAUUUGACUUUUUUUCAAAGUGUUAUACAUUGUACAUGUUUAAUGGUGGAGGUUGAAAGGGGGCACUUAUAUUUUCUUCCUUUAAUUAUAGAAUCCCCCCUUAAUAUUUUAUAUCUACUCAUUUUAUAUUAUGGUAAUAUAUGUCUGUUGUAAAGGGCAUUUCUGUUUUAUUGAUGAAUAUUAAAUAAAUAUUGUUGAAGCUUGAAAAA